AUGUCCGAGGGAAACGAAGGGGUGAACUACCUCGGCAUGAUCCGCAUCCUACGGAUCCCUCGGCUCGCGGGCAUCUUCCGGGUGCUUAAGUUUCUCAAAAACACUGAGGUGUUCAUGUGGUGGUUGUUCCAGUACUCCAAGGGGUCGAUUGUCAUGUACUUUUUGCGGCUGCUUGCCACCACGCUUUGCAUCGUCCUCGUGAUGGCGUGCAGCUGCUACUACGCCAUGAUGAUGGUGGUCAUGGGCCAGGACAUACUGCCAUCAUUGCGACUGUGUUUUGGCAACGUGUCGAUUCUCGUGGAAAGCCUUACGUCGGACUCGGAUACGUACCACGACAAGAUGGAAGGCAUGUACGAAAGCAUGCAAGACGAGGGCCUUCCCCAUGAACUCCAGCAGCGCGUGCAUUUGUAUUACACGUAUCUGUGGCAGCAAUACCACACACUGGACGGGAAACCCGCUCAUUUUGUGUCGGAACUAUCGACCAACUUGCAACGAGAAAUCAUGAUUUGUCUCAACGCUCGCAUGAUUCGAAGCGUGCCCAUGAUGCAAGAAUGCAACCCCGAAGUCGUCCAAGAGAUCGUGUUGAGCGCCCGAAGACUAUGUCGUGUCGGCCGCGGAAAUGGGCAUGGAAAUGUAUGGACGGCUCGGUUUUUCAUUCAACGGGGCGAGUGCGAAGUGAUCAUGGCCAAGGAAUAG